AUGCAACCGGAGCUGGUGCGUUUGGUGUCGUUAAUACUGAUCUUCGGAGUUGCCGUAGGAGCUCCGGUAACGGAGAAAAUGUCCGAUACGCAAUUGAAGGUUGUCGAAGAAUUCAACAACUACAAAACGGAUGAGUUCAGCUGGGAAUAUGAACUCAGCGAUGGUCGUCAGGUGCGUCAAAAUGCCUAUAUAAAGAAGCUAGAAGAUGGCACCGAAGUACUGGUGAUCAGCGGCUAUUAUAGCUAUACUGCUCCGGAUGGUUUUGUGUAUUCCGUAAGCUACUAUUCGGAUGAAAAUGGGUACCAUCCUGAUGUGUACGUCGGUGAAAUGCCAAAGCAUCUCCUAACGAAUCGUUUCAGUCAGAAAUUGCUUAUUUCGUUGGUUGGUUGAAUGGAGAAUCUGGUUAGGAAAUCUGAGCU